AUGGGGACUUACAAGUGCUCAGAAAAAUUAGCGGCAAAGAAAAUGUUGGAUCAUGCGGAAUGGUUCUUAACGGUUCUAAAACCUGGGAUAGACGAGCCGGCAAUGAGGUUGAACAUUACUUUAAGUAGAAUAACAAGACCAGGACAAAUCACUAUGGAUUGGUCAAUCACAAAUGUAAUUUAUUCCUUAAAGAGACAGGUGACGCUACAAAGUUAUCGGCUUGAAGAUAGUUCUACACCGCUUGAUGUGUCACUUCAUGUGAACAGUACCUACGAUACCAAUGGAACGGCACUUUAUGUCAUCGAUCCUAGCAAAGACAAAGGGAAAAACAGAUAUGCAAAACUAGAAUUUCGUUAUUUAGGUGGUUAUAACGUUUCCAUUCAGCGAGGGCCUGUACAAAUGAUAUACGAAGAUUUGAAAGUGAUCAGAUUGGAACAUACUGAGCAACUCGAUAAAGUAACUCUCAAGUGGUCCGUCACAGGAAUGUACGAGAACGAGAAACCGACUUAUUCUGUGAGCGUCUUUGGUGAGAGUAAGAAUGUCGAAUUAGAACGGAAAACCGAUCAGACAACAAUUGACAUUGAAAUCAGAAAAAGGCCAUGGAGGUUUCAUGUAGAAGUUUUGCCGUUGUCGGGAAGUUACACUGGAAUAAAAAAAGAAGAGGAAAUUUACAUAGCUGAAAGGGGUUUGUCAUCGAUUAGUUAA